GGCCUUAAUUGAUGAGCUGUAGGCGAACAUCAAAGUCCAAACCCGUUUGAGUCAGGGUCACCCGACCCGAGAACCCAUUUCGUUUUCUUUGAAGCUGCCUUGCUCCACAAGAAGAAGCACUCCGUCUCAAAACAUCAAACACCAGAAACAAAUUCGUAGUUAUUCAUCUUCCUUGAAAUUAAGAUAGUUUGCAGCUCUGUUUUUCGGGUCGAAAAUGUUUCUCACGAGGACUGAAUAUGAUAGAGGAGUGAACACUUUUUCUCCUGAAGGCCGAUUGUUUCAAGUUGAAUAUGCUAUUGAGGCUAUUAAGCUGGGAUCAACUGCAAUUGGUCUUAAGACUAAGGAGGGAGUGGUUCUUGCUGUGGAGAAGCGCAUUACUUCACCGCUUCUGGAGCCUAGCAGUGUGGAGAAAAUCAUGGAAAUUGAUGAGCAUAUUGGAUGUGCCAUGAGUGGCUUGAUUGCUGAUGCACGAACACUAGUUGAACACGCACGAGUUGAAACUCAGAAUCAUAGGUUCUCUUAUGGUGAGCCGAUGACAGUUGAGUCUACGACCCAAGCACUUUGUGAUCUUGCUUUGCGAUUUGGCGAGGGGGACGAAGAAUCUAUGUCAAGACCUUUUGGUGUGUCUCUACUAAUUGCUGGUCACGAUGAGAAUGGUCCUUGCUUAUACUAUACGGAUCCAUCCGGGACAUUCUGGCAAUGUAAUGCAAAAGCCAUAGGAUCUGGUUCCGAAGGAGCUGACAGCUCUUUGCAAGAGCAGUAUAACAAGGAUCUAACUCUCAAAGAAGCUGAGACCAUUGCACUUUCUAUUCUUAAGCAGGUUAUGGAGGAAAAGGUUACACCCAACAAUGUGGAUAUUGCGAAGGUAUCACCAACAUAUCAUCUUUACUCUCCUUCUGAGGUCGAAGCGGUUAUCAAUCGUCUAUGAAAGAGAAGUGUAGCAGUCUAUCUUGUGAUCGUUUUUAGCAGUGAUCUAUGUUCCCAUCACAGGAUUGUUGUAUUACUUUUUUAAAUGCGUCACCUUAUAUGGACACCCAACAUUCUGUUUGAAUUUUAAAUCAGCUCCAUCCUUUUUGAGGUUUUGUCCACUUGGAGAUUAUAAACUUUGACAAAAGCUCAUAAGUGUUAAAUUUUUGUUUUGCUAUAAUGAAAAAUUGCAUAUUACGUA